UGUUUGUUUUAUGUUUGCGGUGUGAGUGCGCGGAGAAUUCGCAUUUGGGACCGCCGUCGACGUCGACAUCGUCGUCGCCGCCGCUACGCCGUUUCCCUUCUCGGGCUCCCCCACCCUCCCCCCUGCCCCCUGUCCCUCUUUCCUCUGCGCUCGCGCGCGCGCCGCGCGCGCGCGGACCGACCGACCGUCAGCGGUAACACCGGAGAGUGCCCUCCUGGUUUUUGCGUUGUGGACCGCGCACGCGAGUGGUGCCGGAGUGUGAGGUGAGGUUACGCGUGGUGCAGUCAUCGGGCCCCGACCUGAGAUGCCGUGGCUGCUCAAACUACGGACUCGCGAUUAGUUAGGGAGGUAACGUGAAUGAGUGACGACGUCACGAUGCGUAUGUCGCCGUCGCUGGGGUUGGUGCUCGUGGCAGCGGUCACGCUGCUAGCAAGUGCGAAUGCUAACGCGGAGACGUCCCUACGCAUCGACUCGGACGUGGCUACGUCGUCGCCGUCGUUGCUGCCGUCGGCACCGACAUCGCCGACGCAUCGCCUCGCAACGAAGGAUCACGACCAGUUGAUAGCCGGGAUGGAGACCACUCUGCUCCCCCUCCUGGGCUUAACGAGGAGACCGAGGCCGCAAGGUGAGGCCCACAUCCCGGACUCCCUCAGGAAGCUUCACUCCCGUCAGCACGCCUUCGCGGACUCCGGCAUCGUGGACAUCGCCAAGUCGGGCAUUCACGCGCGAUCGGCCAACACUGUUCGCUCGUUUCCACACAUCGAGAGCGAGCUGGACCACAAGUUCAAAUCGCCGAACCGCUUCCGGCUGUCCUUCAAUCUGAGCAAGGUACCUAGCGGCGAGACGGUGCAGGCGGCGGAGCUGAGCUUAACACGCGUCGCGGUGUUGGACAAGAACGCGAACGCGAGCGCGAAGCACAAGCGCGGCCGAGUGCUGGUGUACGACAUAAUGCGGCCCGGCGUGAAGGGUCGCAGCAAGCCGAUAUUGCGGCUGAUCGACAGCAAGGUGAUCGACACCACGGAGAACGCCACGAUCAAUCUGGACGUGCAGCCAGCCGUGGUGAGGUGGUUCGAGAAUCAUCAGAACAAUCACGGGCUGCUGGUGCACGUGACCGGCACGCACGUCCGCGCGCGGGAGCACGUGCGGCUGAGACGGGCCGUCGACGAGCACAAGGACGCGUGGGUGGUGAGCCGGCCGAUGCUCUACACGUAUAUGAACGACGGCAACUACGAGAUGGCAUCCGCGGAUCGGAUAAUGGAGCGGCGGGCCAGGCGGGCCGCCCUGCGGAAGAACCGGCGGAAGGACGGCCGCGAGAAUUGCCGGCGGCAUCCGCUCUACGUCGACUUCGCGGACGUCGGCUGGAACGAUUGGAUCGUCGCGCCGCCCGGAUACGACGCCUUCUACUGCCACGGUGAUUGCCCGUUUCCUCUGGCGGACCAUCUGAACUCGACGAAUCACGCGAUCGUGCAGACCCUCGUUUACUCGACCCAACCGAACAUGGUGCCGAAGGCGUGUUGCGUGCCGACCGUACUCAGCUCGAUAUCGAUGCUCUAUCUUGACGAGGAGAACAAGGUAGUGCUGAAGAACUACCAGGACAUGGCGGUCCUCGGGUGCGGCUGCCGCUGAAAUACCCGACAUGCUAACCAGCAUGUUCGGCGGCACGUACCACGGUCCAGUCGCGGAGGGAGAGGACGGGGGGGCCGGUCGUCGAAAUCAUGAAGUAAGACGGGAUAAUGGAGAUAGUUAAUGCGAGUUGUAGAUGGUCGGGUAAACGAGUCUGGCUCUCAAAUAACACAUAUGUCUAAAAGAUGUCUUUUAGACAUGCGUGCUAUAUAGGUUGAUCUACGGUUUUGUGUGUACUCGCCGCCACGUUUACGGAUGUAUUAGCAAGGAUGAACGUACACGAGUACAGCGGUGUGAAUUGUUAUACUUAAGGAGGAAAAGACAGAAUUUAUCGUCAAAGAAUAGCGCACAAUAAAUGUAAUUUGUUGCUAGACAUGACAAACGAUAAUAGAAUAGAGAUAAACGCGGAUGAUGUUAUAUGCUAUUCGGUGAUGAUGCGAAAGAAACUUUAAACAAAUUCGUUGCUGCGUCGAGUUUUUUUUAAAUACAAUUACUGUAUUGCGCAAAGUUGUCGCGUGAAUUAAAGAUUGCCUUCGAUUGAGAUCUUUAUCGUAAGAUCAUCGAAACCGAGUAUUUUUCUCCGUUUUAAAAUUUUGUCCACGAUGUCAAUUUACUCGUUCUAAUAUGCGCAAAAUGAAAACGUUUUCUCACGCGUUGUAGCGCGGCAACUGCGCGAGUAGUAGCGGGAAGUAGAACGAGAGAAAAAUUCUAAUUCAGAAGAAGUCGACUUUAAAAUGAAGGAAGGAGACUGUGGACGAUUCGCUGUAUGAUAUAAAAAAAAUAUCGCUCGUUCGUUGGAUCUUCGAUAGAUCAGUUAAUUUUAAAUAGCAGCCUUACAGUAACCUUUGACUUCAGCCGGAUGUGACGUGGCUCCCAAUCACAGUAGAUCCUUUCUUCCUUUCUCAAGUGGAAUUCUUUUUCCUGGAGUAGAAUCUCUCCGCUCUCAGAGAUCGUCGGAGCCGAGUUCUCCCUCCAUUCUGAAAUCUCUCCUUGAUCCUCACUUUCGCUCGAAUGGCGUACGACCACGUGGUUUACGUGGCGAAAACGCGCAGUGCAAGAGGAAGAGGAAAAUGUCAGUAUACAAGAGGGCAGCUGUCUCCUCUACUGUGAUUAGCGGAAUCGGCUCGAUGUGACGAUGAUCAACUUGACUGCCGCCGAUCGAAAAACGCGAGUUAGUUAAGAACGAUUGACACAGCUUCUAAUCGUCACGUUCACUCGCGAGUUACCACAGAACCGAGUGACAAUUGCGAUAGUUACCGGGUCAUUGUCAGAGUUUAUUGAAGACGCAGUGAUGAGAAUGAGCUACUCGUUUAUAUAAGCAGGUCCAACUGAGAAAAUGACGGUAGGGAAAACUCCUCCAUCUGAAAAGGUGACGGCCGAGAAGUGCGAUUUCGCGGAUUGUCGCGGAUGUCCACCAAAUACGUCGUUCGGAUCUUCGUGAUGCGAUACGAAGACUUCGAAGGAUAACAAAACGAAUAAUAAACGUGCACGAGUAUCCUCGGUAUAUAGCUCUUGCAUUUUUCAUUCUUCGUUAGCAGUUCUGCAUCUCUUCGUUUCGCGAAAUCGUUUUGCGUGAAUGAACUUUGCAAGGUCCCCAACGGCACAUCGAUUGUAUUAUUCUCUCUGAUCAGUUCUGACCACGGAGUAUUCGACAAUUUACCUAACUGUAUCAAUAUAUUAUCCACAUUGGGGAAUAAAAUAUUGUUUUAUAAAUUAUGAGAGAUCAUGUAUUAUUCGUGCGAAGGAAGAUUUGCCAAUGUAGCGUUUAAUUCAGUAUUGCGAAUAGAAUCCGUCGUACGUCUCGUGCAUUGAUUGUCAGGCGCAUCGCCGAUGCAUGUACAAAUGGAUUAAGAGAAAUACAGAGAAUACAUUGCGACGUUGAAUAAAAGCGUUCUAUCAUUCGAAGUGCUCUUCUUCAAAUAAUUGUCUUCUUGAAUUGAAUUCUAAUUCUAUUUGCUUUAAACGCGCUCGAUGGCAUCUUAUGCGAAUUUAAUUCCAUCGAACCCUCUCGACUUUGAUGUAUGAGCUUUCAAAGCGCGACAAAACAAUCUAUUAAUUUUAAUAUCGCUAACGAGGCAAGAGUCGCGCCGAGUGAUAAAAAUAUGUACAAGCGCGAGAUGUGUGAGUUUUUAUGUACUUGCGUCAUCGCGAACUCGCUUAAUGCAUCAGACAUUUCGAUUAGGCUUCGUGAAAAUAAGAUGAACGAUGUGUAGAAAUAAGCGCGAUACAAGUAUGAAGCGAUUUUAAUGCCGGCAAAUAUAUUGCGCAUUAUCGCAAAACAUCUCCAUUGCGAGAGACAUUGUAACACUUCAGCAAGUGAGCAAUGAAAUCACGUGUCGGAAAUACACAAUUGACCAAUGGUAAUUUCAGCGAUGUAGCAAUAGCUCUUCUACACGCGAUGAAGUAUCAACCACAGGGCAACGUUGACCAUUUUUUUGCAAGUAGAAAUGGCGUUCGUUGUGCAAACGCGUACGUGAAUGCGUAUCUCUCCGCAGUCGUUGGAUCGCAUUAGCGUUUCCGCAAUAUUGCCAUGAUGUUUUAAAAAGGACUAAAGGGCAGCGCAAAUUAGAUGCGUAAAUCGGCAUGUCCGGUUGCGCGCUAACACGGAGCCACGGAGAGCAAUGUUGCGUUCCGUCUUUUCAGACGCGAGUGAGCGCACGUUCACGUAAAUCCUGCCGCCGCGAAUAGAUUGUACCUGCCUAAGGAUUACUCUAUUUAUUUUUUUUUUCUUUCUUUUUGCCAAAAGAUUUCGAACACACGUGUAUAUUUGUACAGAAGUGUUAUUGAUAAGCGAGCGCCGUUGUAAAAUGUGUAAAGUACGUAAGAUAAACGAGUCUGUGUAAACAUUGUAAAUAAUACAUUGUAAAGUAUCGUGCGCAUGUAUAUUCUUUAUAUAUUUUACCAUUAUUUUCCUAGUUUCUCACGAUUGUAUACAGAGAGUGCGUGUGUAAAUAUUAAAUAAAUUUAAUGUGGCAAUAA